GACGCAGCGCGCACGCGCACAACACUACCCAGCCAGUGUUGACCCCAGCCAUCUAUUAUGCUUCUUCGCAAUAAAAGCUACCCGAAAAUCUGCAAGGAAACCGCUACCGGAGCUGCUUGGAGUGAAAGGGGAAAACACAGCUGAAUGUGGCUAGCAGGAUCUCCUCUGACAGAGUGGAGCUGAUGAGCGGCGCUCUGCAACAAUGUAGCAAAACCUUUUUUUUCACGCGCAGCCCGACCGUGAACGUAGAGCUUGCUCGUGCUGACACUCAGGUCCUGAGAUGGGAUGUGUGUGUCGAGGUGGGACUAAGGAGCAGAAAGAGGAUCAUUGUAACUAAGCUAAGAGACGUACAAGCGUCAUUCAGGCAACUUCUUCCCCUUAACUGAGCAGUAUGUCGGUAGUCACAUCCCCUGCCCAGGUGCCUCCACCUAUUGUGAACCCUUCCCCUCCUGAGGUCACGAACCCUGGUAAGCCUGGCCGGAAAACUAACCAGCUACAAUACAUGCAGAAUGUGGUUGUGAAGACUCUGUGGAAGCAUCAGUUUGCGUGGCCCUUUUACACACCUGUGGAUGCCAUCAAAUUGAAUCUGCCAGACUACCAUAAAAUUAUCAAGAAUCCAAUGGACAUGGGAACCAUAAAGAAGCGACUUGAGAAUAAUUACUAUUGGACUGCUGGCGAAUGCAUGCAGGAUUUUAACACUAUGUUCACAAACUGUUACAUCUAUAACAAGCCCACAGAUGACAUUGUUCUCAUGGCUCAAGCCUUGGAAAAGAUUUUCCUCCAAAAGGUAGCUCAGAUGCCCCAGGAGGAGGUGGAACUUUUACCCCCACCACCAAAGGGUAAAGCACGGAGACCUGGACCACCCCCUACUUCAGAAAACCAACAAUCGAUAGCACUGACUACUGGUUCUCCAUCCUCGUCAUGUCCGAGCUCCCCUCCUCAGCUUGCUCAGACUCCUGUAAUAGCUGCGACUCCAGUCUCGACCAUCACCUCCAAUGUCCAAACUGUGCCCCCUGCCACGUCCAUGAUCCCAACCGCACAGCCCGUUGUCAAAAAGAAAGGGGUGAAGCGAAAAGCAGACACUACUACACCCACAACCGGCGCGAUCACUGCCAGCAGAAGUGAGUCGCCCACUGGGAUGUUGGAAUCAAAACACAGUAAAGUCAUUUCAAGACGAGAGAGCACAGGUCGACCCAUCAAACCUCCCAAAAAGGACCUGGAGGAUGGAGAUGUCCAGCAGCAAGGCAACAAGAAAAGCAAGCUCAACGAUCAUCUCAAAUACUGUGAUACUAUUCUUAAAGAGAUGCUUUCCAAGAAGCAUGCGGCCUAUGCCUGGCCCUUCUACAAGCCUGUAGAUGCAGAGGCGCUCGAGCUGCAUGACUAUCACGAAAUCAUCAAGCAACCAAUGGACCUCAGCACUGUCAAAAAAAAGAUGGACAGUCGAGAAUACCAAGAUGGCCAAAGUUUUGCAGCAGAUAUUCGGUUAAUGUUCUCAAAUUGUUACAAAUACAACCCACCCGAUCACGAGGUCGUUGCCAUGGCAAGAAAACUCCAGGAUGUGUUUGAGAUGAAAUUCGCUAAGAUGCCGGAUGAACCCGCCGAGCCGUCCUCACCCAGCACGGUGACGGCCACAGCAGUGGUGAGCAAAAGCACUGGCAGCAGUGAGAGCAGUGUGGACUCUUCCAGCUCCAGCUCCGACUCGGAGGAGGAACGGGCCACUCGGCUGGCUGAGCUGCAGGAACAGCAAUUCGCUGUGGAGCACCCCAAUGGUAACAGGGCGGGGACAAAAAACGGGUGUGCCAAACAUUUUCAGCUGAAGGCUGUUCAUGAACAGCUAGCCGCUCUGUCACAGGGUCCUGUGAGCAAACCAAAGAAAAAGAAAGAGAAGAAAGAGAAGAAAAAAGACAAAGAGAAGGACAAAGACAAAAACAAGGUCAAGGUAGAAGAUGAGAAAAAGGCCAAGUCCUCACAAACGAAUAAGCAACCUCAGCAGAAGAAGACCACUGCGCGGAAACCCAACAGCACAUCCACCACGAGGCAACCGAAAAAGGGGGGGAAACCUGGCUCUGCAAACUAUGAGUCUGAUGAGGAGGAGUCUUUUCCCAUGUCUUAUGAUGAGAAGCGGCAGCUCAGCCUGGAUAUCAACCGUUUGCCGGGUGAGAAACUGGGCCGUGUUGUCCACAUCAUCCAGUCACGUGAGCCGUCGCUGCGAGACUCCAACCCAGACGAGAUCGAGAUCGACUUCGAAACGCUCAAGCCUUCCACGCUGCGUGAGCUCGAACGAUACGUCAAGUCCUGUUUACAGAAAAAGCAGCGCAAACCUAUACCGGGCACUGGGAAAAAGAGUGCCAAGUCUAAAGAGGAACUGGUUCAGGAAAAGAAGAAAGAGUUAGAAAAGAGGCUACAAGACGUGAGCGGACAACUGAACAACAACAAGAAACCACCCAAAAAAGCAGAGAAGGCGGGGUCAGCGCAGGGGGGCGGGCCAUCUCGGCUGAGUGGCAGCAGCAGUUCUUCAGAUUCGGGCAGCAGCAGCUCCAGCGGCUCCAGCUCCGAGAGCAGUGACUCAGACUGAACUCCAAUCGGCGCGUCACAUUACUUCAACCUCCUCUAUUUUCUAACGAGUAGUGUGUGUUGUCACGAUAGUAUCUCUCUGAAGGCCUAUUUUCUAAAGAGCUAGACGCAUUGCAGAUGGCAGAGGAUAUUUUAAAAUAGUUUAUAGGAUGCUCUUGGCUCAGACAAAGAGGAGAGUUGGAGUAGUUCAAGCAGUUUUAAGGUUCUUGCUGGCCCUCAAAGGGAAACGCCUGGUAUCACCAGAGAGAAAAAAAAAAGAGAGAGGUGAAAUGGUUGUGUGUGUUUUUUUUUUUUAGGUUGCUGCUCAUUAGAUCCAUACUGAAAACAUGCAUUAGUGGAAAAACUGACAAAUGCCUGGCUGCAUUUUACUGAUCGAGUAGCUACAAAAAGUCCAAAUCUGAAGGAAGAAUGAAUUAUGGGCUCUCUCCCUCUGGUGUGGUUCUCUCAUGUUGGCAUGACUUUUCAACUCAUUCCACAUUUAUUUUGCGGACUAUGAUAAUACUCUUCAUUGUUACUAUUUUUAAGAGAAUCUAUUUAUUUUUUUUAAUCCAAAAAGGCACAGAAUGAUUUGUGUUUUCAACAGAAAUGUUUCCAGUUAACCAGUUUCAAUGUAAGAAAUUCGUCUCUGCAUUGUUCACUAGUAGUCUAGACUGCAUCUGGAAACGGUCAGUAUCAUUAUUAAACUGCUUUCAGAGGCUUCGCAAUCAUUUUGGCGAUUUCAACUAAAUUUCACUUCCAGUUCUGUAAGCUCAGUAUUUGAUUGUAGAAUCAUGUCAGAUAUUUAGUUUUUUGUUUGUUCGUUUUUAAUCUAUAACAUAUGUUCAUGCGUUUGUUUGUUUUUAUUCAGAUUGUCGUCUUUAGUUUAUUUUUUACUGUUAAUAUGUAGUUGCCCUGACUCUCUCAUUUUCUACUUUCUAUCUGAUAUGCCUCAUCUUUACUAAGUCCACUCAUAGGACAAUCAAAGUUGUAAUUUAAAUUCAGUAUGUAUGAAAUGAGGGUAUCAAAAAGAAUGGGCAUUAAAAACAACCACAAGACUGCAGAUUGGAGUGAAUCAGCCUUAGUGAAAUUCUUCAAUGGGGAAAACCAAGUGAAGACUAGCUCUCUUGGACAAAAAGCCACUUAAAGGAGAUGUUUGUUAAGAAAAAGAAUUGGACAUUUCUCUCAGAGAAGAUUUCAAGCAGCAGUGCUAGAUUUGAUUUCAGAAGGAUGUGUGUUUGACAAGUUAUUUUUAGUUGAAAGUAUUACAACAAAUGUAUGUUCUCGAUUUUAAUAACUUUAUUUUACUUUAGUUUUUCUCAAAUGGUGUAUUGAAUACUUUCAAUGGUACCUAGACACUUCUUGCCGUGUAUCCAGAAUAAUUUGGAAAUAGACCAUGACUGAUCAUCUUUAUAAAUAUAUAUAUAAAAUGAAUUUAUUAGAGGUUAUUUUUUCUCUUUCUUGUGGCUGCAUGCCACUCAUUCACUGGGUUUGUGGCACUGGCGAGGUUUUAUUUCAUUUAACAGCCUUGAAUUUAACUCUGAACCCCUCAAAAUCAUUGGAUGUGAUCUUGUUGCCUUAAGUUUAGUUGGCACACUAAAAAAAAAGUAAAAUGGGUCCAGUAUAACUGAUCUAGUUGAAGCCCGUGUAUAGAUUUUUUUUUUGUCAUGAAAAUACAUAAAAAGUUUUGAUGUAAAGUGACUUCUUUGGUUUUUUUUACUUGUACAAUGCUUUAAAUUAUGUUUUGAUUUGAUUCAUUAUACCACUGUAUUGCAUUGUUCCUUUUAGACUAUAACAUACCUUGUUUCUUAGAUGAUUUCUGUUACAGCUCCUGUUCCUCAAUUACUCCAGCAGAGUCCAGUAAAUGCAACUGAGCUUCGUGAUGCAGACAGAGAUAUAAAGAUACAUAGGAUAUAUAAUUACAGAUAUAAAUGUAUAUUCACUACUUAUUCGUCAACUCUGUCUUGGGGUCUAAGUAUUUUAGUUCUUUUUUUAUGAGAGAAAGAGAGAGAACAUUUGUGUAUUGCAUGGCAAUUUACAGUAUAUUUCUUAAACUUUUUGAGCAGUUUAUAACAUGUAAAUGUCAUUCUUUCAAGUAAAGUUUUAAAAUCGGUAGCGCUGCAUAUGUAAAGUUCAGCAAGUCAAAGGAAUUUGUCAAGUAUGUUUUGGCAGAGACUUACAUGCUAAUAUCUGAUGUAUAAGCUAAUCUGAGAUUUGGACACUGAGCCCCUCGUUUUUAGUAAAUAAAUCACAAAAACCCA